AUGGAGAAGAGCAAAGCAGCUUAUAUGGCAAAGGAAGAUGGCAUUGAAGAACUUCCAUCGCUAAUCAAAGUCACUACUGCACCUGAGGUGGCCGGUUUUGAUUGUGUAAUGCAUCAUGAUGAUGAAAAAUAUCGGCUCAAAUUAUCCGGCUUUCAUUGCUUCAGUUCCUCAGCUGUGGGGACUGAAUCAACCGCCGCAGAAGGACAAAAUAAUACUUCUCAUUCCCAAAUAACACAUUCUGUUUCCAUCAGCAUGCCACCUUCUCCUUUGGGAGCUCAUCUAGAAAACACGAACGAACUUCCCUCCCUAGAUAAAGAUGUAGCAAUUGCGGGCAAUGAUAUUCCAAAUUCUGCUGCUACAUCCGAGAAGACAACACGAACAAAAUUUUAUUCUCAACCAAUGCCAAAAGGUCCUGCAUUCAACGAGGCCAUUGCAAAUGGAUCAGUUCCUAACCCUCCGGAGCUCCCACUAAGAAAUCCCAUGAUUCACAAGCUGAAAAAUAGACCAUUCGACCCAUUUAAGACAGGGUCGGGAAAACUAGAAAGACAAAUAUCGAAUUUGCGUGGAAAACACCUGGAAACUGCGCAAGAUCUCGAGUCUCAGCAGCCUGCAGAAGUUGAAGCUUUACCUGUGGAUCGAUAUUUUGAUGCCUUGGAAGGACCAGAAUGGGAUACUCUACGAGCUUCCGAAGAAAUACUUCUUCCAGAAGACCAGACUUGGCCAUUUCUUCUACGUUAUCCUAUCUCUUCUUUUGGUAUCUGUCUUGGUGUUAGCAGCCAAGCCAUUAUGUGGAAAACCUUAGCCACUUCUACUUCUACGAAAUUCCUCCAUGUAAGCCCGGAUGUAAAUCUUGUAUUGUGGUGCAUAUCCGUUGCUCUGGUAGCAAUUGUCUCUUUCAUUUAUAGUCUGAAAGUGAUAUUCUACUUUGAAGCUGUUUGUCGUGAGUACUACCACCCAAUACGCGUGAACUUUUUUUUUGCACCAUGGAUUGCGCUUCUGUUCUUGGCUCUUGGAGUUCCAGCAUCAGUUUCUCAAAAUCUUCACAAAUCUCUAUGGUACAUUCUUAUGACUCCAAUAUUUUGCCUCGAGAUAAAGAUCUAUGGACAGUGGAUGUCUGGAGGACAACGAAGGCUUUCUCGGGUGGCCAACCCCUCAAAUCAUCUCUCAGUUGUUGGGAAUUUUGUUGGGGCUUUGCUCGGUGCAUCCAUUGGGCUGAAAGAAGGGCCUAUAUUUUUCUUUGCUGUUGGAUUGGCUCAUUACACAGUCUUAUUUGUAACUCUCUAUCAGAGACUUCCAACAAACGAGACACUACCUAAGGAACUCCACCCGGUGUUCUUUCUUUUUGUUGCUGCACCUAGUGUCGCUUCUAUGGCUUGGGCGAAGAUUCAAGGGUAUUUUGAUUAUGGAUCCCGGAUUUCUUACUUCAUUGCCCUUUUCCUUUAUUUGUCACUGGCUAUCCGUCUUAACUUUUUCCGAGGCUUCAGAUUCUCAUUAGCAUGGUGGGCCUACACUUUUCCAAUGACUGGAGCUGCCAUUGCCACAAUCAGGUAUUCGGACAUGGUCACAAAUGGGGUGACUAAAACUUUAGCUGUCUUCCUCAGUGCUGUUGCUACACUUACAGUGGCUGCAUUGCUCGUGACAACUAUCCUCCAUGCCUUUGUACUCCGAGAUCUAUUUCCAAAUGACAUAGCCAUUGCCAUAAGUGAGAGGCGGCCUAAGUCCACCUGA